AUGACAACAUCAGAAGAAGAUAAUUCAAUAGAACAUAUUACCUCCACUAUCAAAUCAACCAAACUAACAGAUUCACAAGCCGAAAAACUCAAAUCAAUCAUUGAAUCAAUUCCCACCAUUUUGACAUCACUUGAAAAUUCAAACUAUGAUGAAAUAUAUGGAUAUAGAAUAAAUACAACAGAUAAAGAAUAUGUAAAUGAAUCAAUCAGAAAUGAAAUUUUAUUAAAAUUUUUAGCUGCUGAUCAAUAUAACGUUGAAUUAUCAAAGCAAAGAAUUAUUAAGACUUUAAAUUGGAGAAAUAAGUUCCAACCUUUACAUGCUGCAUUCGUUGAAAAAUUUCAUGUUGAAUUAAAUGAAUUAGGAGUAAUUACAAAUUCAAAAUCGAAUAAACAAAAUCUAAAAGUUAUAACUUGGAACCUAUAUGGAAAUCUCAAAAAUCCAAAGAAAAUAUUUGAAAAAUUUGGUGGUGGAUCAACUACUGAAUUUCCAGGUUCUCAGUUUUUAAGAUGGAGAAUUGGAUUAAUGGAGAAAUCAUUACAGUUGAUUGAUUUUUCCAGUGUUGAGAAUAAUAAAAUUGGUCAAAUUCAUGAUUAUAAAAAUGUAAGUAUGUUUAAAAUUGAUCCAAAUAUGAAAGUUGCAACGAAAGAAAUUAUUGAAAUUUUUGGUAAUAAUUAUCCUGAAUUAUUAAGUACGAAAUUUUUUAUCAAUGUUCCAUUAAUUAUGGGUUGGGUAUUUACAUUCUUUAAGACCAUUAAAGUUAUAAAUGAAGAUACGUUAAAGAAAUUUCAAGUGUUGAAUCAUGGAAAUUUAACAGAAAGUUUAAAUACGGAAGAUUUAUCAAAGGAUUAUUGUGGGUCAUUAAAUAAAAGUUUAUUUGAUUUGGAUGUUUCCAAUGAGAUUAAAUUGACUGAAUAUGGUGAAAUUAUAUUGAAGAAAUUAUCUGAUGAUGAAAUUGAACAUGUAAACGAUGAUGUAGAAUAG